AUGAAUGAGACACCUUCUUCUCCAAUAUCUCCAAAGAGUAUUGAGGCUCAAGUUUUUACUCCAAUUCAGAAACAGCAGACGGUAACAGAGGGAACGUAUGAGGCUACACAACCAUUGACUGAGAUCAUUUCAGCAAACAAUAAAAAGGAGGAUACACAUGCUGUGCAUCACACACCUUCCUCUCCAUUGUCUUCACUAAUUGCACUAGUUAUUGAAGAAAAUAAGAAUGCUUUGAGUGAGACAGAAACUGCGACCCAAUAUUUUUCUCCAAGUGAGGGAGAGGAGACACAAUCAAGCAGAAAGAAUCAAGCAGAAGAAAAUCUCAAGGAUACUACAAAACAUACAACUGAGCUAGUUUCCACAGAUGUUUCGAAGACACAGCCUCUUACACAGCCUCUUACACAGCCUCUUACUCAGCAAACACAGCACCUUCAGACAAGUGAGGGAGAGCAAUCCGAUGAGACACCAUCAGAGCAGAAUCAAGCAGAAGAAAAUCUCAAGGAUACUACAGAACCUACUACUGAGCUAGUUUCCACAGAGCCUACUACUGAACCUACUACUGAGCAUGUUUCGAAGAUACCGCCUAUUACUCAGAAAACAGAGCAUCUUCAGACAAGUGCUAUAGAUUUUUCAGAAACAAACGAGGUUGAAGUAAGCAGGCUUCUAGCUCACUUUCAAAUAGGCGCAGAGGUUGAGAUUUUGUCUACUGAUGACGAAAUAUGGUAUCCAGGAAAGGUUGUUGAUCUUAAACUGUGUGAAGGACUAGAGGAGCUGACAGUUGAGUACACGACACUCUUCGCAGACCAACAUAGACUUCAGAAACUUCAGGAUACUAUCACGGCUGACAAAAUACGUCCUGCAACACCAACUAGUGACCAAAAAUCCUUUGAGAUGAUGGAUAAGGUAGAAGUCUUUUACAACAAUGGCUGGAGCAGCGGACAAAUUAGCAUGGUACUUGGUGAUAACACAUACUCGGUGUGUCUCUAUACUUCUAUGGAAACUAUUCUAUUCAAACAUUCAGAUUUGCGAAUUCAUAGAGAAUGGAAAGAUGGAGUCUGGAAGAUGGCAGAUAAGGUGAAGCCUGAUAAGAAAAGGAAAGCUGCUGCCUCAUCACAAAAUUCAGGAAUGGAUAAUGUUUUCCUAAGAAGGAGCGAGAGGGUGCCUAAACGAUCUAGAGACACAAAAACUCCAUUCAAGUCUGAAAGAAAUCCGGCUUUAACUGUAAUACCUGAGAUUAUACCUGCAGUUGAUCCGUUUUCAACUCCUGCGGAACAUAAGCUUUCAAGGCUUCAAAAUUGGAUGACAUUAAAGCCCGGCAUGCAUGAAACGUCCCUAUCAAUCAAUGAUAAUAAGAUAAGGAAAUCUUUCUUUCAAAGCAUGGAAAAUGCAAAAAAGGACCUUAAGAAAGAGCACAUUGAUGGAGCCUUUGCAAUGCUAAAUUGCAGAAGAAAUGAGAAUGCUGCUUGGUUCCACAACUACAAGAUUCCAAAGGCGUGCUUCCUACCUAUGGAGUUCUUGCAUUGCUUGCUCUCUCAUGAUUUGGCUUACAAGAAAGAAAAGGUCAAAGGUAAAAAGAUUUUCAACGAUUUAUUUAAAGAUAUUGUAAGAGGGAAGGUAUAUCCAGAGAAGACAUGGGGAGAAGAUGUUGAUGUUGUGUAUGGGAUUACUCUUGGAAAAAAAAGCAAUGUCUGGAUUGGGAUGGAAAUUCAUUUGAAGAAGAAAAGAAUCACAGUAUAUGAUUGUUUUCAAAAGGAAAGCAACAGCAUUGAUAUUCCUCAAGUGAAAAAGUUGGCAGUGUUGAUUUCUGAUCUGCUGGUGGAAUCUUCUGGUGAUGAGGUAGAUAAAGUGAAGAUGAUUCCAUUUGAGGUUGAGCAGGCACAAGGUUUACCCAAGACAAAACAUCCUUUCAACUGUGGGAUAUUUCUUGUCAAGAUUCUGGAGUGCCAGUCAUUGAAGAUAGGAGACAUGACAAAGAUUAAUGAUGACAAUGCAUUGGAGCUAAGGAGAACCUUGUCUUGUGAGAUCUUCAACCAAUUUGUGGAUGAGAGCUUUGGGAAAUGAGAAUGAUGCAUCAAAACAUUUUUUGUUUUAGUUAAGACUCGGUUUUAGUUAUGACUGUUUAUUUUGUUAUGUUGUUGGCGUCUGGUUACAUAAGAAAGAUUGGAAGGAUAUCAAGUAUUUUUUUUGGGU